AUCAGAAUCCUGAAGAUGAAGUUGACGUUCCGCCUGCUGCCAGUAGUGGGCGCUGUGGGAAAAGGCUUUAACUACGACAGUUUUCCCCCCUUGACGGCUGAGGAUGACAUGUCAACAACAAACAUGGCAACCUACGGUGACUCCUGGGAAGAUUUACGAAAGCAAGCCAGACAGCUGGAGAAUGAGCUGGAUCUCAAGCUGGUCUCCUUCAGCAAGCUCUGCACCAGCUACAGCGCUAGUAACCAUGGCCAACGAUCUAGGUCUGACUCUUUUAGUCAAUCUCAAGACAAUGUUCUUGUGGCUAUGACUACAGAACUGGAGCAUCUGUUGGCUAAACUAACAGUUGUGAAUGAGAAAAUGGCAGAAUACAUAAACAGUCCUGGAGCCUCAUCACAUAAUGCAGCGCUGAUGCACACUCUACAGAGACACAGGGACAUAUUGAAGGACUACUCCCAUGAAUUCUACAAAACCAAAAACAACUUCUUUACUCUGCGAGAGCGUGAAGACCUCCUAGGCUCAGUCCACAGAGACAUUGAGUCCUACAAGAGCGGCACAGGAGUGAACAACAGAAGAACUGAGAUCUUCUUGAAGGAGCACGAACAUCUCAGAAACUCGGAUAGUCUUAUCGAUAAUGCAAUAAGCAUCGCCAUGGCUACCAAAGAGAACAUCACAUUCCAGCGUGGGAUGCUGAAGUCCAUUCAGACACGGGUCACAACUUUGGCCAAUCGUUUCCCCGCCAUCAACAGCCUCAUCCAUAAAAUCAAUUUGCGCAAGAGGCGGGACUCUUUAAUUCUAGGUGGGGUAAUUGGGAUCUGCACCAUAAUCCUUCUGCUCUACACUUUCCACUGACCAAAACAGUUAAAACAAGACACUUUUGGGUUUUUUAAGAUAUAAAUAGUUUGUGAAUUGGUUGUUUUCUUCUCUGUAACCUGUACCGUUUUCUUAAUUAAAGGUGAUGAGCUCACUUCCA